AUGGGGAAAAAAGUCAAGAAGGAAGCUGAAUCACCUACUACAGAUGUGUUCGAUCCUCUGCCAAUAGAGAGCAAGAAUGCAGCCACUGUAGUUCUAAUGCUCAAAUCCCCUGAAGAGGAAAUCUUAGCCAAAGCUUGUGAAGCCAUUCACAAAUUUGCUGAAAAAGCUGAUGAGAACAAGACCACUCUGCUUGACCUUGGUGCCGUAGAACCGCUCUCUAAGCUUGUAUCGCACGAGGAUAAGGCAGUACAACGGAACGCUAUAAUGGCCGUGGGAGUGAUGGCCUCUUGUAGUGAUGUCAGAAGAGUUUUGAAAAAAUAUGACGUCAUACCUGCAAUGAUUGGCAAACUGUCACCUGAAGAGGAUCUUGCGGUUCAUGAAUUUGCUACUCUUUGCCUGGCAUUGUUGUCAGUGGACUACAUCUGUAAGGUCCAGAUUUUUGAUCAUGAUGGACUCGAACCCCUUAUUCAGCUCCUGUCCAGUCCAGAUCCAGAUGUAAAGAAGAAUUCAGUUGAAUGUAUAUUUAAUUUAGUUCAGGACUUUCCAGUGCGUUUAGCGUUGUGUGAGCUGAAUGGGAUCCCCCCUCUUCUGGAGCAGCUGAGCUCGGAGUUCCCCAUCAUCCAGCAGCUGGCCCUACGCACUCUCCAGAGCGUCACCACAGACCUCAGAACACACUCUGCCUUCAGGGAGGAACAGGGAUUCGACAGGCUCCUGGAAGUCCUUACGAAUAAAGAGUUCAGCGACCUGCAUUUGGAGGCACUACAGGUCAUCUCAAAUUGCUUAGAGGACAUUGAGUCUAUGAGGUUUUUUCAAGAGACAGGUGGACUGGAGAAGUUACUGCAGUUUGUCAUCACAGCCACCCAGCCCGAAGUGCAAACCAAUGCUAUCAAGGCCAUCACCCGGGCAGCGCAAAGUGGUGACAGCAGAAAAAUCUUACACGAGCAAGAGGUCGAGAAGGCUCUUGUCCAUUUGCUUGUUGUGGAGAAUGACAGUGUGCAAACUGCCACCUGCCAGGCAGUGGCAGCGAUGUGCAAAAACCUGACCAGCCAGGACACUUUCCGACACUUGGAGGGAAUAAAGCCCAUAGUGCAGCUGCUAAGCAGUGAGGACACAGAGCUGAGAGAGGCUGCAGCCCAGGCCCUGUCCAGCCUCACCACUGGAAACCAGCUCAAUGCGUAUGUGGUGUAUGAAGCAGAUGGGGACAAACUCCUGGUCCAACAGCUGCUAGAUGAGUGUCCUGGGACGGUGGCGUAUGCAGCAGCUGUCCUGACCAGCAUGGCGUCGCAGGAGUCGCUCCGGCGCAGUAUUUUGGCCCACGGUGGCGCGCAGAUGCUGGUGGAGCCGCUGCAGUCCACGGACAGACACGUGCUCGUUUGUGCUACCCAGGCGGUGGCCGCUCUGGCUUGUGAUGCAGAAGCAAGAGCUGAGUUUACAAGAGCUGGUGGUUUGCCCCUCUUGGUUAAACUGUUGGAAUCCAGCAACUCGGAAAUCCGCAGAAAUGCAUGCUGGGCAGUGAGCGUAUGCGCGAGUGAUGAGCCUACUGUAACUAAGAUGUGCAAGUUUGGAGCUUUGGAAAUCCUCCAAGAGAUUAAUACCUCGACCAACCGUAAGAAUAAAUUCAGUGAAGUGGCCCUGCAGAGACUGCUCGACGGCAACCUGUCUGUCAAGUACAGCCUGACAGGUUGUCUCUCCCCUUCUGACAUCAUCACAGAUGGCUUCUAUGACCCGGGCCAGACACGAGCAGGUCACAAGGUUCCUUCUCUGGAGGAUCUAUCGAAGCAGGCUGUCAACCAGCGACGGGCCAUCAUAGCAGUUAAUGGAAAACCUCAGGAUCAGGUGUGUAAAGAGCCGUCAGAGGAGAGACAGGACAGUCCCACAGACGCUCAUGCUCUUGGCCGCAGGGGAAACAGCAAAACGCUGAGUAGAGGGAAGAGCAGAGGCCCUAAGGAUGAUGACAAACAGAAGGAUGAUGAUGAAGGUACACCACAGGUGGAGGUGGAGUCGGAGGGACCGGGAAUACUGCCGUGUGAUCCUGCCCUCCAGGACCUGGUGACUGAGGCAGCCAAAAUCGCACAGGCCGCACAUGAGGAGAGAGAGCUGUACUCUGCUUUGGCCAAGUUGGUGUGUGAUGCGAUGGGCGGCCCAGUAGAUCCAGAUAAGCAUCAUGACUUCCUGUGGGAACUUCACCUGAGCGAGCUGAAGUUAGAGAUGCAGUCCAACAUUAUUCCCGUCGGCAAAAUCAAAAUGGGCACCUACUACCACAGAGCCCUGCUCUACAAGGUAUUGGCAGACAGAAUUGGGGUGAGCUGCAGUCUGGUCCGAGGAGACUACAACCGUGCAUGGAAUGAGGUACUGCUCAGUUCCAGUUUGCUGAAGGUUGCUGGAGGUUACCCGGAGCCCCGGCGCUAUGUCGUGGACCUCAUGCAUAACCCUGGGAACCUAAUGAUGAGCAAUUCACCAGCUGCUACCCAGUAUCAGACAAUCUGAAACUACUCUCCGACACCCCUCAAAACACCAAGACCUUAAAAGUGGACAAGCAACAGAUUCAUAUUUUUUAUGAGUUGCUAACAUCUGCACA